AUGGCAAAGCCUAAGGAGAUACACAGUAUUAGGAUACCUGGAUCUAUUCUGGAUCAGAUCAGAAACAGAGAGGAGAGUGGCGUGUAUGACGAAGACACUAGCCGGUUUGGAGGUCCCACAAAGAAGAGGAAGAAGGAAACGGGAACGAGGAAGGAUCUAAGAAAGGCAGAGCGUGAAACCAAAAAACGAAAGAGGUCACAGAAAACUGAGAAACCAAUCAAAGUGAAACCAAAGGAAAAGAAACAGCCUGUGAAAUUGAAGGGAAUCUUGAAGCCAUCAAAGCCAGUUGCCAUAGUGCAGGAUUCAGGCUUUGAAGAUUCAGACUCUGAGAUUUCAACAGCAACGGAAUUUUCCGAUGAAGGGUUCUCUGAAGGCGAAGAACUGACUGAAGAGGCAACUUGGGAGGCACUUGCCAAACUCAAAGCCUCGAAAAUGCCCAAGGCACCUGUACAUACCCAAGAGGAGCUGGUAUCUGAAUCUGAAAUUGAAUCUGGGUCUUUUGAAGAGUUUGGCGACUCUGAGGAUGAUUGGGCUGAGUUUGAGUCUGAUAAUGAUCCUGAGACUGUAGAUGAUACUUAUGCUGCUUUGGCGGCAUUGAAGGCAAAGAAGUCAAAGAAUUUAGAAGAGCCAAAGAAAGAGACCAAGGAUGCAAAAAUGGAAAAGGCUGAGAAGGCUGAGAAACCUGGAAAAUCUAAAAAACAAAGAAAAGAAAAGUCUCUGACUAAAGCUGAAGUCUAUGAUGAUCCCUCCAUCUUGGAUGGUGUGGACGAUGACCUGGACUACUAUGCCAAAAAGCUCGGAACCAAGGCUUCAGCAAGACUGGAUAAGGCCGGUGAUGACGACAUCAUUGGAGGGUUGCUGGAUGGCCUUGAUUUGGAUUUUGGGGACGAAAAUGCCGAGCGGGGUGAUAGCGAAAGCGACGGUGAAAAUCCUUUUUCCUCGGAUGAUGAAAUCAACGAGUCUGAUUUCGACGAUGAAGAGUUUGAUGAAGAGGACCGAGAACUCCUUCGUGAAAUGGAAGAGGUUGAAGACGACUCCGGUAGCGAAGAUGAUGGUCCUAAGAUCAAGGAAAAUCCAUACAUUGCGCCUGGUGCCAGAUCAGCAACUUCAAAGUACGUCCCUCCUGCUUUAAGGCGUCUCCAGAAUUCGUCUGAUCAUUCCGAGGAAUUGAAAAAGAUCACCAGGUCAAUCAGGGGACCUUUGAACAGAAUGUCUGAGACUACAAUCCCUCACACAGUCAACGAGCUGAAUGGCACUUAUAACGAUAAUCCGCGCCAACUGACCACAGAAGCGUUCACAAAUCUCAUCCUGGAGACUGUAUCUGUCCCCAAUAGACUAUUGGACAACUAUGUGAUGCUUUACAGUUGUAUAACAGUGGCAUUGUUCAAACUUCAGGGACCUGAUUUCGGUGCUCAUAUUCUGCAGACUGCUGUUGAAAAACUGGAGAGAUUUUUCACAGGCGAGGUGGUUCAGCAGGGAAAGGAGAGUUUGAAUCUUAUGGCUUUUUUGAGCUACUCCUAUAAUUUUGGACUUUUCGGUUCAAAAUUGAUAUACGACAUUGUUGAGAAACGUCUGAUAGCGGAGAUCAAUGAGUUAAAUAUUGAACUGCUUUUGAAGGUUGUCAAGACCUGUGGUACGAAGAUGAGAACAGAUGAUCCAUCUUCGUUGAAAGAGAUUAUCCUUUCUCUCACCAAAAAGGUUACAGAAACGGAGAAGAGUACUGGAAUAAAGGCUGCUCCAAGAGCAAGAUUUUUGAUCGAUACUGUCACAAACUUGAAGAAUAAUAAAAUUCGAGAUGCUGAUGACGAGUCUUCUUCCAACUUAUUCGUGAGGUUGAAGAAAGCUGUGGGCUCCAUCAAAGGCUCCGCCUCUUCCGAGGUGAUGCAAGUCUCUUUUCAGGAUAUUCUGGAUGUUGAUAAAAAGGGCAAAUGGUGGUUGGUUGGUGCUGCUUGGAAGGGAAACGAUAAGACGGAGGACGAACCAAGCGUCAAUAUCAACGUCAUGGAAGAUUACUUGGAUUCUGCAGAGCCCAAUUGGCUGGAGUUGGCCAAAGAACAGAGAAUGAACACAGAUAUCAGAAGAGCCAUAUUUGUGAGUAUAAUGUCUGCAAACGACUUCAUGGACAGCUUUGACAAAUUGGAAAAGCUCCAGUUGAAAAAACAACAGGAAAGGGAGAUCAUCAACAUUGUUCUACACUGUGUCUCAAUGGAAACCGUGUAUAACCCAUACUAUGGUUUUCUGGCCAAGAAAUUGUGUGAGAAGCAUUCUUUGAAAAAGACUUUUCAAUUUAACCUUUGGGAUUUCCUCAAAGAUCUGGAGGACGAAGACGAGGGCAAGGAUGAACUCACCUUGGACACUGGAGCUCUAGAGAAUGACUCUUUGCCGUUGCACAAGAUUUUGAACACCGGACGUUUAUUCGGAUUUUUGAUUGCUCAGGGGUGUCUCCCGUUGAACGUUUUGAGGACGGUGAACUUUCUUACAGCGUCGACGAACACAAAGUUGUUUGUUGAGAUUUUGCUCAUCUCUUACUUUGAUCAAAUCGCCAACGCUUCGAAGAAGCACUCCAGCAAGAUGCAUGCUGCUGAAGCCCAGUAUGAUGAACGCGAGCUUCUCCAAAGUUUGGGGAAAUGCAAAGAACAGCCUGUGCUGUUGAAAGGGCUGCAAUUUUUCAUCCAGGACACUAUUGCGAAGAGUGACCUCAUCAAAGGAAAACACCAGAAGAAAAGAGUAGCUUGGGCCUCCCAAACAAUGAGCGAUAUGAUUGAGCUGAUGGCAGAAUAG